AUGCCACCGCUCAUCCAGGCGAUACCGCAUGCUUGCACCAGAGCCUCAUGCGUCUCUGGAAGGAGGCUCUUUUUUCAUUCUGUUUAUUCGUUUGCAUCAUAUGCUAAAUCCUCUGCCAAGUCUUCGGGCAAGCUCAAGAUGGUUUCGAGCGAAGAAAAGGCAUAUAAGUUUGGAAGCGGUCCAGCUCUCAAGAACUUCGACAAAGAAGAACUUCGGGGCCUAUCUGGGCUCUACGAGCGCGUGCAUGAGUUUUACGAACUCAAGUUACUUCCCGAAGUGAGGUCAGCAAUGAUAGAAGAGCUGAAAGAAAAUACCGUUCUCAAGUCCCAGAACUACAUGAGUCCUAACAGGAAAAAACUGUCCGAGUCUGAGCUGAGUGGCCUUGUGAUACGGCCUACUAACAUCCAAAAAGCUGCUAUCAAAAUUAUAAAUGGUACACCAAGAACCCCCAAGCUUCUCAACCCUUACAUUCUAGCAGGAGAAACGGGAUCAGGGAAAACAUGGGCCUACUUGGCACCACUUUUGCACAGAUUGCGCGAGUUUUAUCUUGCAGAGGGCUUUGAGCAAUCCAAUAAACCUGGGAUACGAAGCGUUAUCUUGCUUCCAACCCACGAACUGGUUGAUCAAGUCUUCAAAACUGUGAAGCAUACCAGGGACACCCUGGGCACAAAAGCAGUGCAAUGGGAUUUGGACUCGAACUUCAGGGAAUUUAUGGACAAUUAUAGACAGGGAAUCGACGUUUUGGUGACUACGCCAGGAAAAUUGGCAUCUUUGGCAAAAUAUGAUGAUGUCCAAAACCUUAGACAGCUGCUAAAAAAUGUCAGCUUUUGUGUGGUAGACGAGGCAGACACACUCAUGGACGAAUCUUUCAUCGAGGAUACCUAUGACCUGCUCAAGAAAAUGAAUGGUCUGCGUCACUUGGUGUUCGUCACGGCUACCAUUUCCUCGUCGCUGAGAAAAGUGGUGAAGUCAUUGUUCCCUGACUUCGUUCCAAUCACCACUCCUUCGCUCCACAAAAUCCCAAAAGCAAUUGAGGUCCGUGUGAUAGACGCUAAACCUAAACCAUACAACGGAUCACGACUCAAAGCACUCGCUCAAGUUCUUUACGCUAUCCAUUGUGACGGAACAGAGCCGGGUUAUGAAAAGCGAGUUGUCGUGUUUGUUAACGAGAAAAAACAGGCUCCGGUUUUAGCUCAGCAGCUCAGAGAGAAAUACAAACAUGAUGUAGAGAGCUUGACAUCAGACGAUACACCCGAGAACAGAAGACGGAUUCUGGAGCCUUUCAUCAGUCCACCCCAGCCCUUGAAGGAUCCUUCGAAGCCAACACUCAAGGUGCUUAUAUGCACAGACCUGAUGUCCAGGGGUAUUAAUUUCCGCGGUGUGCGGAACGUGGUACUGUACAAUAUUCCAAACAUGACCUCGGACUUGGUCCAUAGAAUGGGACGGACAGGAAGAAUGAACCAGUCGGGAAGAGCAUUUUUGAUUUUGGAAGAUAAAAGCGCUCCUAACACCAAGGGACUUGCAAAGGUGUUGCGUAAUAACAGACGUUUGGCAUGA